AUGCACAAGGUGUCACAUCUGAAAAGAAACCUGAGCCCCAGGGAGGCGGCGCGGAGCGACCCGGGCAGGGCUGGCGCUAACCGCGCGGGAGGACUCCAGGCUGCGCUGGAGGAUAGGGGCAGCUCCGUCGCAGAGGACCUUAGCGACCUGAUCCUAGGAUCCCGGUUCCAAGCUCUCCUAGCAUUUUUCAGACAACCCCCCACCCCGGUCUAAUUCUCCAAAACGGAGCCUUUAUAUCGAGAGAAGGUGCGGGAGCUGGGGCAACCAGGACUUUCGCGGGCACCCAAGAUGCGCUCCAUUAGGAAGAGGUGGACGAUCUGCACUAUAAGUCUGCUCCUGAUCUUUUAUAAGACAAAAGAAAUAGCAAGAACUGAGGAGCACCAGGAGACGCAACUCAUCGGAGAUGGCGAAUUGUGUUUGAGCCGAUCACUUGUGAAUAGUUCUGAUAAAAUCAUUCGAAAGGCUGGAACGACAAUCUUCCAGCACUCUGUAGAAGGUUGGAAAAUCAAUUCCUCUUUGGUCCUGGAGAUAAGGAAGAACAUUCUUCGUUUCUUAGAUGCUGAACGAGAUGUCUCAGUGGUCAAGAGCAGUUUUAAACCUGGUGAUGUCAUACACUAUGUGCUGGACAGGCGCCGGACAUUAAAUAUUUCUCAUGAUCUACAUAGCCUCUUACCUGAAGUUUCACCAAUGAAAAACCGCAGGUUUAAGACUUGUGCAGUUGUUGGAAAUUCUGGCAUUCUGCUAGACAGUGAAUGUGGAAAGGAGAUUGACAGUCAUGAUUUUGUAAUAAGGUGUAACCUAGCUCCUGUGGUGGAGUUUGCUGCAGAUGUAGGAACUAAAUCAGAUUUCAUUACCAUGAAUCCAUCAGUUGUGCAAAGAGCAUUUGGAGGCUUUCGGAAUGAGAGUGACAGAGAAAAAUUUGUGCAUAGACUUUCCAUGCUGAAUGACAGUGUCCUUUGGAUUCCUGCUUUCAUGGUCAAAGGAGGAGAGAAGCACGUGGAAUGGGUUAAUGCAUUAAUCCUUAAGAAUAAACUGAAAGUGCGAACUGCCUAUCCAUCAUUGAGACUUAUUCAUGCUGUCAGAGGUUACUGGCUAACAAACAAAGUUCCCAUAAAAAGACCCAGCACAGGACUCCUCAUGUAUACACUUGCCACAAGAUUCUGUGAUGAAAUUCACCUGUAUGGAUUCUGGCCAUUCCCUAAGGAUUUAAAUGGAAAAGCUGUCAAAUAUCAUUACUACGAUGACUUAAAAUAUAGGUACUUUUCCAAUGCGAGUCCUCACAGAAUGCCAUUAGAAUUCAAAACAUUAAAUGUGCUACAUAAUAGAGGAGCUCUAAAAUUGACAACAGGGAAGUGUAUAAAGCAAUAAAGCACAUUUUAAAACAUACAAGCAAACUGAAUAUGCACUUCUUUUAUGAAGAUGCUUCUGAAGAUUUGAAAACAGGAUCCCAAACAAGUCUGGGUUUCAGCAUUCACCAAUUAACUGAAAGACUGAUAAAGGAAAUUCAUGUGAAAUCCACUACCAGCUGAUGAAAUACCUGCAAAGUGCUCUAAAAAUUAAACAUUUUGACUUCAAGGGUCCUAGUAAGUGCCACUUCCACUAAGAAUACAGUUUGAAUGUAUAAUCAGUAGUGUUUACAAGAUCAAACAAUGCAUUUGUCAUUAAUUAGCAAAGCAAAUAUGUUCAUCACUUUUGGGCUGCCGCUGCAACGCAAAGCACAUGAGAAGAGAACCCAGGAACACAACUCAGCCCUUGGGAAAUUAAAUCGUUCUUAUCAGCAGAAAUCAAGAUGGAACAAUUUGAGCAGUGAAAUCCGUAAGAUUAGACAACUCAAAAGAAUGCCUUCAGUCAGGACUCUGAGUCUGAUCAUGAAUGUUAUGUUUUUGUUUGUGUUUUUAGAUUUUUUGGGGGGGAGCAUGGGGGGGUCUUCUGAAGUCUCUUUUGAUUUAGGUAUUGGGAUGCUCAGAAAUCCUUUCUGAGAAACAGAAAUGGGAAAUACAUAUGAAUGAAAAAAAUAAAUGUCAAGUAAUCAUUUCUAAUGUUCUCAUAAUUUUAAAGAACAAUCACACAGUUUUUAUUUUUUUAAGUUUUAUUUUGCACAACUCUAAACCUCCAAAUUAAUUUCCAGUGGUGUAGAAGGUACCAGCUAAACUGUACCACUCAGUAUUACUGGACCAUUUUAAAGGAAAGAUGUUCCAGGUCAUCUGAAAUGGUAAAAUUAGCAGGAAAAAAAAAAAAAAAAAGCACUUUAGGUACCAAAGAUUAUACUCGUGUUUCUACACAACAUACCAUUCUCCUUUCAUGAAGAUAAUACAUUAUUAAGAUGAAUAUAUUAUUAUGCUACUAACAGGAAAAUUAUCUCUAAAUAUUUUAAAAUUUCCAAAGUCAAACUUUAUUUUUAUUGGAGGGAAAUCUUCCAUACCUUCUUCAUUUAGUAAUGAAUGUGUGGAAACAUUUUGCCCUUUAGAAUAAAUGUUUGAUAUAGCUGAAAUGUGACUUCUAGCUCUUUAAUAUUCCCCUAUGAUUCAAAGACAAAGAUUGAUAUGCUCUUUGUAUCAUACUUAGUGCAAAAAUAACAUGAUUAAUAGAACAUUUUCAUAGCAGAGAUGAUUAAUGUUAAGAGGUUUAACAAUGAAACUGCAUCAGCGUUUUGCACUUAAAAUGAAUUCAAUUGACCACUAGUUUUCUGCAAAUUUAAUCACAUUCUCUCUGAAUGCGUUUUUAAAGAAACUAAAGUUUUUCAUAAGGUGAUUUAAAACAGCAUAAUAUAUAACAGAAUGGGUCAGUGAGUUAGUUUUCUUAUAACUUAUACUACACUGGUAGGUAAUUCUGAUGGUAAAUUGUUUCUUCAGAAAGCAGAAACACUGUGUUCUCACUUCUUCUUUGGCAUGAACUAACUUAUAUGACUUCUUGUUUCUUGGGGAAGGCACUGAGGAAAGAAGAAAUAGCAUGAGGAAUAUGUUUGUUUUGUUUUUGUCUUAGGAAGGCAAUGUGAGAAAUGAAUAAAAGCAUGAAUAAUAUAUAUAUAUAUAUAUAUAUACACAAAUAUAUAUGUAUAUUCAUGCUAUUAUGGUAUAGGAUAUUCAGAGUAGUAUAGUUCUUAAUAUUUUUAAUGAUAUGUUACUGUUAUAAAAAACAAGGUAGAACUUUGGGAUACAGAAGACUAUAUUUUCUUAGGAUCCAUGUGUCCCCAGGAAAGCAAAAUGGACCACAUAUGGGAGAUUCAUAGCUAAAAAUGAAUAGAACUUUAAUGUAGUUUUAUCAUUCAAUCUCUUAUCUACUGAAACUUUUUUAAAAAAUGCACAUGUUUUGAAGAUAAACUUGAAAAGCAUGAUUUAUCUAACAAAUGAAAAGUAGAAUCUUUUCAUAAAGUAUGACUUAUUUAAUAAAUGAAAAGUAGAAUUGAAUCUCAGUUUGGACGGUUUGCACAUAAUAAAUUGUUUCAGUAGUCUUUAACUUGAAUUCAAUAGAAGUCUAGAAGUCACAAGUAAAUCCUUACAGGUAAAAUCCAACUUGAUGUUCAUUCAAAGUAUGUCUUAAAAAGUAACAGCAAGGUACCUUGCCAUUUUUACUGCAUUUUCAACAAAUGUACUUAAAUAAUUUUAAGGCCACAGCCAACAUAUUUCAGCCAUUCACUGUUCUGUGCAUUAAUGUUUAUCUCAUAGAUGUAUUGGGUAGUGCCUUUUUAGCUUCUUCACUCUGCUUUGUUACCCUACUCUUUCUGUUCUCUAAAUACUUGCCCAGUUCUGAAAAUGUUCACCAUAAAAAAAAGGGCUUCAGUAUUGACUGAGACUAUUUUUGUUCAUCUCAGGGAACUUUCAAUACUCAAGAAAGAAUUCAAUUAAAGGUAUUUAGUGUUCAAAGAAGGCAAAUGCACAAGUGUAUUCCAUUCCCUAUUGUAUAUACCUAUCCAUCUGCCUUCCCCCUUCAAUAUCUACUGUGGCCUUCUUAUAAGGAUAAGGCAAGGAGAUCAUUGAAGACUAACAGCAAGACUAACAAAGAGUUGAGAUUUAACCAACAAGGGGGCAUAUGGGAUCAGAGCAAAAUCAAAUUAUAAAUAUAUACUUGAAAUACUGGGUUUUUUUUCUUUUGAAACUAUCUUACAUUUACAGCUUUAAGUUUUUUACUUGUUUUUCAUGAUUUAACCCUGUACCUGGCAAUGCUCAGGCAGCUGAUUGUGAAAUACUCCUGUCAUUUAGGUAACAUGGUGUUACUGUGCUGUUGACAUGAAUAGGCCAUGGAAAUAUUUCAUCAUUAUUACCCAGCCUGUUCUAUAGUUAAUGUUAAUUUGCUGAAAUAACAAGUGAGUCAGUAAUAGAUUUUCUGGGCACAUCUAAUGAUUAAGCCCACAGGACUGAUGAAACUACUGUGGAAGAUUUUCUAACUGAAAGAAGGUGCUGGGCAUUCAAAUGUCUUCAUGUAUUGUAUAUCAUAUGAAUUGUAUAUCAAUUGUUAAUGGGAAUUUUUACAUAUAUGCUUAUAGAAGUGAUUAAUUUAAAUAAUGCUAGGGGUAGUGUACAUACCAACUCGUUACUAAGCUACUAUACAGGAAAAGGGUGAACAAAGUAAUUUAUUUCUAAUUGACUCAGUUAGUCAUAAUACACAUAAUGUUGUAUUUGGUUCAUGAAAGAAUUGUUUUCAUGUGGUUAUCAUAAGGACUAUCUGUAAUUGUGGAAGGGGUGUGGGAAGAGUUAUGUAUAGUUAGUUGUUAUCGCUACAAGUUUGGAAGUUUCCCCAUCAAACAUUAUCAAUAUAUCAAUGUUUUAAACAAUUCAGUGAGGGUUAUUGUUUGUGUUUUUAAAAAUCCCAAUAAAGCCCACCUAGAAAUAGAUAUUUUAUUAUAUAUGUGCUAUAGGUAUAUCUAUAUAGUACAAAUAGAUAUGUGUGAAACAUAUAUACAAUGUUAUAUAUGUGUAUUUGUGUGUAUACACACUGAGUCUGUAAAACUUACACACUAGAUUUGUGUUAUAUUAACAUCUUCAGGGUCUGCACUGUGAACAACCCUGGAGAUAUUAGACCACUUGGGAAUAAAGAAGUUCUUUUGAGACUUCAGUAACUAAUCUGCUUUAAGAGAGACCUACUUUAAAACUGAAAUCUGUGUUCAUACCUAAAGUUAAAAUAAGGGACUAGUGUGUCCAAAUCUUUUUAAAAAUGAAAACAAAAACAAAAACAAAAAAAAAAAGAAAAAGAAAAAAAAGAAAAGAAAAAGGUCUUCAAGCUGGCAGUGUAUUUGAAUUGCAGUUUU